AUGGCCGACAAGAUUUUCAAAGAAUACCAGGAACAAGGUGCGAAGGGGGAACUGCUAUUUCGUAGAUGGCCUUUACGAGCGGUAUGUGCGCCAAUUAUCAUCUUGCGUGUAGCCAUGAGCCAAAUCGUUUUAUCCACUUCUGGAAUAGCACAAAUAGGCACGUUGUUGACCAAUUAUUUUUCUCAAAAUACUGGCGAACCGUAUCAGUAUGUCGGAGGAACGAAUAAUACCGUCUCUUGGAAUGUAGCUCCUACGGCUGUCGUACAGGCGCUGAAACUAAUUCAGCAGCGUAUGAAAGACGCACUUAAUAUGACGUCCAGUUUCAACGAGGUGCUUAGCGCUGCAUAUAUGGAGAAGCAAAAAAUGGCUUUCCACAGCGAUAGCGAAAGAGGACUGGGACCGACUGUGGCCUCUCUCUCUCUCGGGUCUGCUGCGUAUAUGCACUUUCGUUUACACGCCCAGUACAGCGAUGAUUUGGGAAAAGGGUCCUCCAGGAAUGCGCUAACCCUCUACCUUCGUCAUGGUGAUGUUGUAGUCAUGGCUGGCGAUGGCGUGCAGAAAUUCUAUGAACACACCGUCGUACCAGUGAACUUUCGCAUUGCUGCGACGGCGCGCUCUAUUGAUAGUUCUAAUCAUUGA